AUGAUUCGAUCACGAAUCUCUCAUAGCAAAGAUGAGCAAAUUAUUAUUGAAUUUGAUGAUACAACUCGUGCAUGGAAUGAUUGGAAACAUGGAAAUAUAAUUCAUAAAUCACCUGUUCAUGAACGAUAUAUUAUAUCGUUAUCAGAAUGUACGAAAAUGUAUAUGACACAUAAUAAUUCACUCGAAACUUCUGAUCAAUCGAUAUCAACAGAAUCUAUUGAUAUACCAUCUCUUAUUAAAAUUAAACCUGAAAUACAAUUAAAUUGUUAUAUAUGUCAUAGCUAUCAAAAUCAACUUUAUCCAUGUCGUAUAUGUGGAAACGUCUAUCAUCAACAAUGUAUUAAAGAUAUUGGAAAUAUUAAAUCUUAUCAUCUAAUUAAAAAUGCUACUAAUUUAAUAGGAUGGAGUUGUCCUAUAUGUGAAGAUCUUCGAACACUUCUAUCAAUAGAAGAAUUAGCUGAAACAAAUGAAUGGAUAAAAUCAUUCGGUACACAAACUAUUUUUAAUCUUGAUAAUUAUAUAAAUACUCGUACAAAAUUAACUUCAUCAAAUGAAUUAAAUAAUCAUAUGAAAAAUACAUUACAAAUAUUUCUUCAUACAAUUGCUGAUAUAACAUCAAAUCGAUUAUCUCAAAUAGAUUUAUUAAAUCUUGAUAUUAGUUUGAAAAUUCUUCGUAUAUCAUCAAAAUUUCUUGUUAAUUCAUUGACAUCAUUUGAACUUUAUCGUCUCAGUCAACUUUUUCUUUCAUUAUCAUCAAUAGAUAAUCCAUCGAUUACACAGAAUAAAUUUCAUCAAAUUUUUAAUAACUAUUUUUUAACAACAAUGCCUGAACUGAAUUCCGAUGAAAAACAUUUACAUUUGAAUGCAUUAGCAUAUUGUAUAUUAGGUAAUACGAUGAAAUUCGAUCGAACAUGGAAUCAAUUCAUUCUCGAUGUUACUAUUCCGACAUUACUUGGAAGAUAUAAUCAUCGAACACCAUCCGAUUUUAUUAAUCGAAUUAUUUCAAUUAAAUAUUCAACUGCGGAUUUUAAAGAAUAUGAAAAUAGACAAUCAUUAUCUAUACUAAUGAAUAAUAUUCUACAAAAACUAACACAAACAACUGAAAAUGAAAGUAAAUCAAUAAAUAAACAAUAUAGAACAAGAAUAAAUAAGAAAUUAUUGUAAAAUAAAAGAAUAUUCUAAGGGAUUUGGUGUUAAAUGUCGAAAAAAAAGAAGGCAAAUGUCGAAAAUGAAGUUUUUGAUUUUUAUUUUAAUAUAAUACGAUGGGUGUGGGUGUCUGUGUGGAGAGAGUCUGGGUAUUUGCUAAAGGAAGAGAUCUCGACGCUCACACCCAUACCCCAGUGGCGGAUUUAGGGGGGGCGAUCGCCCACCUCCUUCCGAUUUUUUUUCUACUUUUUAUAGCAGAAAUGAAUGAAAAAAUAGGUUCACACUACUUCGAUUGCACUCAAAAAAUAGCUUUUAGCCAAAAUCGUCCCCCUCCCCAGGUAUCGCCCCCCCCCUUCCAAAGUCCUAGAUCCGCCACUGCCGUACCCACACCCUCAAUAUGAUCUUUACAGCCGGUGCGAUUACACUUGACAGCAAUAGCCAAUAGUAAUUGCAAUAAUAAAAUAACGAACAGUAUACACAUCUUUUUAAAAUCAUUUUUUUGUAUAUUUUCCUUUUCGACGUUUUCCGUCAAUCCCAUUCUAGGUCAUCUGUAUUUACUCGAUAAUAUAAUUUUUCUAUUAUUCUAUUUAUUUUAUGAUUAUUUAUAUUCAAUAGAUCUUUUCAAUAAUGAUUAAUAAAAAUGAAUUCUAUAAAUAUAAUUUGUCUCUUAUGCAUUAGUACUUUAACAUCUGUUUUCUUUCUUGAUUAAGACUGAACUUAUUUACACGUAGCACGUGUCUAUACACGUGUUGAUUACAUCAUUUUGAACAAAAAUUAUAAUCAUUAACAUCUCAAUAUCAAUAUUCGAAUUCUUAUUUACUUCAUUUAAAAUAAUAACAAACUAUGCCAUCAAAUUUUUAAAUUAUCUAUUAUAUUAUAAUAGACAGAUCGAAGAAUAAUAUGACAUAAUAAUAAACAUAUUGUAUUACUCGAAAGAACCCUGGAACAAUUAUAAUAGUAUCUUAUAAAAAUCUUUUCAGCAAUAUUAUAUCUGGAAUAAAUUCUUCUUCUAUUUACUCGCAAUACUUCAGGAUGUAUUCUCAUCAUGUAAUAACAUUUGACUAUAUCAUACUAAAACAUAUUAUUAUUAUUACAAAUAAAACAGAAAUAUAUAAGUUAAAAUUAUGACAAUGACAUUUUACAUGUACAAACGAAUAUUUAUGUAUAUAUAUAUAUAU